UGUGCAGACCGGUGAUAUAUUGCUGUUGCACAGGUCCACUGAAGAAAGUCUCUUCUGUUUUCUCGAGAAGGAAGUGAUUCGCCGCCGUCAUUUGUUCACCAAAAAGGAACAUUUGAGCAGCGGUACUCCUUUGUUUGCCAAUAGUGCGGAAGGUGAAACCAUGGCUGGACCUGUCAGUCUGGAGUUAGAUCCCAUUUUUCUGAAGGGGCUGAGUUACCUACACUCCAAGAGUAAAGAUUCCGUUGAGAAACUUAAAGCCUUACUUGACGAGUCUCUCUCGAGAGGUAGUGAGUCAUCGUACCGUUCAUCACAAAAGGAUAUAGAGGUGUCUAAGGGGUCUGUGUCAAAACUGAGUUUGAACAAACAGGACUCAAAGUCCUCCAGUUCCUCAUCCUCCUCCAGCAGCAGCAGCAGCAGUGGCAGCAGCAAAUCCAGCUCAGAAAAAGGGAAGAAGGAAGUAGAAAAGAGAACUGCCGAAAAGGUAAAGAUUGAGUUGUGUGACCUGGACACACCAAAAAAGCCUCGCCUGGAGAAACAGGAGAAUCGUUCGUCACCAAUUACUGUCCAGACCAGCAAAGACCUCCUGCCAAACAUCAACGAUAAUGAAGAGACCAAUGCUGAUGAUUUUGCCAUGGAAAUGGGCCUGGCUUGUGUUGUCUGCAGACAAAUGACAGUCACCAUGGGUAACCAGCUGGUGGAAUGCCAAGAAUGCCACAACCUGUAUCACCAGGACUGUCACAAACCCCAGGUGACAGACAAAGAAGUGAAUGAUCCGAGGUUGGUGUGGUACUGUGCCCGCUGCACCAGGCAAAUGAAACGAAUGGCCCAGAAACCCCCACAGAAGCCUUCACCAGUAUCUGCAUCAGCAGCACCUGUUGUAAAAGACAUCCUUGUCAAAAAGACAGAGCUGAAAUCCAAACCAGACACAACCAGCACUUUCCAGGCCUUCAAACGAACAGAAGUGAAGGCAUCCACAACAUCAGCCAACCCACCCAGUGGGAGCUCCUCCUCUAGUAGUGGUCUCACAGGCUGGGCUGCAUUUGGUGCCAAGACGAGCUCCGCCCUCCCACCAACCUCUAAACUGGGUCCCUCCGUCCCAAGUGGAAGCAGUAAGACUCUGCCUCCAGCCACUGGCCAGAAACCUGUUGGACUGUCCAGUCUGGCUGGUGCAAAACCCGGACUCGGUGGUGCUAAGGUCACUGCGGGGGGGAAUGGAAACGGCUCGAGCCAGGUGUCUCUGAAACCUCCUCCACCCCUGACUCUGGGGAAGCAGCCGCUCAACCGUUCAUCGAGUGGUGAGAAUCAAGGGAAAGGCUCCUCUUCGUCGGGAGCAGGCUCUCCAGGCAGCUCCAGUGCAAGUGCGGGAGGAAACGGAGGAGGCAAUGGAGGAGGUAACGGGAGCAACGGGAACGGCUCAAAAUCUGCAGCAGGGGACAAAGCACCGACUUCCCAGGAGUCUCAGUUCAAUGCCAUGAAACGUCUACAACUAGUGAAGAAAAAGGCAGCACAAAAGAAACUGAAGAAAUGA